UCCUGCCUCCCACAUACCGAAGAGCCUAUUAUAGAGAAAGGGCUUUCCUGGAAGGAGAGAGAGGUGCAAGAUAAUUUCACAGGAAGAUCAUCAACAGGCUUUGAACCGGAAGCUCUGAAAGUUGAUCCUUGCCAGGCGAACUCCUUGGGAUCCCAAGGUUUUCUGCACGGCAUUAAAAGGAGCAACUUCAGAGCAGUGUGUUCAGAUCCCCCCUCCCCUCUCCGUCUAUUGAAAAGUCUGGUAAUAAGAUCAGAUUAUAUUCCUCCCCUUGUCUUUUCUCUCCCCGUUCCCUCCACCCUACCCCAGGCUCUGCAAAUACCAAAGCCUUCCUGGAAUCUUGUGAUAACUUUGGGGACGUUUUCCAGCCCUGCAAGCAAUUUGGUGAAAAGAUGAGCGGAAGGAGGAUCAAUAUGUUUGUAACUGCCGCCUUGUACCUUCUCUCCCAAUUUGUCCUUUGCGAUGGGGCUGCAGCUUCAGAGAAUGAGGAGAACGCAGAGAUUAUUGGUCUCAAUUCAUCCCCACUCAUACUAGGCAUGUCAAUCUGCGCCUUGAAAGCUGAUUCUGGUCCGUGCAAAGCCCUUCACACCCGCUAUUAUUUCAACAUUCAUACUGGCCACUGUGAACUUUUCAACUUUGGCGGAUGUCAAGGCAAUGAAAACAACUUUUUAACCCUAGAUGAAUGUCAAAAAACAUGUGUUGUAAAAGAUGUGCCAAAAAACACAGAGAGAUCAAGACUUAAGAAUGGAAAGCCGUCCUUCUGCCUUUUGGAAUAUGACCCUGGGGUCUGCCGAGGAUUAAUUCCCAGGUAUUUCUACAACAAAGAGUCACAGCAGUGUGAAAAAUUCCAAUAUGGAGGUUGCCUGGGAAACCAAAACAACUUUAAAUCUUUGCAAGAAUGCCAAAAUACCUGCCAUGACAGGGUCCCCUCAGGCAAUUCACUACAAAUAGAUGAUGACCACGUGGUUUUUGAUACUAAUAGCAAUAAUAGUGCUCCACGUAUUAAGCAAGAGUUAUCCCUGCUCCCUUCUCUUUGUGUGAUGCCCAUGGACAGAGGUCUUUGCAAAGCAAAUGAGAAACGGUUCUUCUAUAAUCAGACUACUGGAAGAUGCCGUCCGUUCAGCUACACUGGAUGUGGCGGGAAUGAAAAUAAUUUCACCGCUAGGAAGGCAUGUGUGCAGAUGUGUAAGAAAGGUUUCAUUUCAAAGAAGGGACAAAAAGGUGUCAGGAAAAUACGUCGGAAAAGAAAGAAACAGCUAGUCAAGCUGGUGGAUGGGGAAAUUGUUAUUGAAAGGAUUUAAGCACUAAAUAAUUAAACCACUCUGAAAAUGUUUCAUUUGAAGACAUCUACUAUUCUUGUAUUACCCACUUUAUUUAACAUUGUGCGUAUUUAUCAAGGUUUCAUAUAGCAACCUUUAUGCCUUUCUGUUCCCUUGGGGAUUUGCCAGGCAGGAGCGAAACUUUUCACUGUAAAAUUAAUGCUGUGACUUUUUUUUUUCUAUGAUUAUUACAUAGAAAUGCAGAAUAAAAGGCUGUGACCCAGAGCUAUCUCACUUUAUCUUCUAAUUUGACACUAUGUAAUCACUCUGACUUGUACACGAUACAGAAUUUGCUGAAUAUACAGCUUUGUGACUGCAGAUCACUCUCUCUUAUUACCACGAAGGGGUUGAUUUGCCUGAAGACUGAUUCCUCGCUGUUAUGGAUUCUUGGAGAAUAGAAUACAGGUAAUCCUUGACUUACGACCACAAUUGAGCCCAAAAUUUCUGUUGCUAAGUGAGAAGUUU